AUGGUACUCCGAAGACACUGGCUGCUGCGGGAACGCGAGUCCUCACUGGAACUAGAGCUAAUGGAGAGAGUUCCCGAGGUCAGCGAAGGAGGAGAGGAUCACAACCCCAGCUCAAAGAAUAAAUGCUACAACACUGAUCAGCCACCAGAGGCAUCUGCUUUACUUACCAGUGACCUGGGGGAAUUACUGACCUGCUCAGCAAUAAUCCGAGGGGACCUGGAAGGACUUAAUAAGGAGGACCUCAGCAGACUUCUGAAGAAGAGAAAUCGUGAAGGUUUGCCAGAGUCUUUCUAUCUCAAUUCAACAAAAGAUUGCAGUGCUUACAUCAAAGACAGGGGCUUUCUAACCGUAGCCCUCAGUGAAGAAGAGAGGGACUUUCCUAUUGCCUUUUCCAUGGUGAUCCAUGAGAAGAUUGAGAUGUUUGAGAGGCUCCUCAGAGCUGUGUACACACCACAGAAUGUGUACUGUGUGCAUGUGGACAAGAGGUCUCCAGAAAACUUCAUGAAGGCAGUGGAAGCCAUUGUUUCUUGUUUUCCAAAUGUGUUUGUGGCAAGCAAACUGGAGAGGGUUGUUUAUGCCUCUUGGUCUCGAGUCCAAGCUGACCUGAACUGCAUGAAUGAUCUGCUGGACUUGACUGUUGAGUGGAAGUACCUUAUCAAUACCUGUGGAACUGACUUCCCCAUCAAAACCAACACAGAGAUGGUGCGAGCACUAAAAGUGCUAAAUGGACAGAACAGCUUAGAGUCUGAGGCACCUCCUAAUUACAAGAUAGCUCGUUGGGAAUACCAUCAUAAUGUCACUGAGUCUGGUGUCAUUCGGACUGGCAUUAAGAAGAGCCCUCCUCCCAUCAGUACCCCAAUGUUCUCUGGAAAUGCUUACUUUGUGCUGUCGAGAGAGUUUGUGGAGCACUUGUUUAAAAACCCAGAGGCUAAAGCUUUGAUCGAGUGGGAGAAGGACACAUACAGUCCAGAUGAGCACCUUUGGGCAACUCUUCAGCGCAUGCCAGGUAUGCCAGGGUCCAGCCCUCCCAACAACAAAUACGACAUGACAGACAUGAACUCCAUAGCCCGUCUGGUGAAGUGGUCUGAUCAUGAAGGAGAUGUAAGAAGGGGGGCAUCUUAUCCCCCAUGCCAUGGAGAAUACAGAAGAGGAGUGUGUGUGUAUGGUGCCGGUGAUCUCAACUGGAUUGUCAGGCAUCAGCAUCUUUUCGCCAACAAAUUUGACCCAGAAGUUGAUGAAAUUGCACUUAAGUGCCUGGAACAUUACUUGCGCUAUAAAACUUUAACUGGUCAAUCACUUCAGUUUGCUGAAAAAUCACACAUACUGAAAAGGUAAUUCAUCAUUCUACCAGAAUUAUUUAUGUGUAUUUAUUAGAGUUAUACGUAAUUGCUUGAAAAUAUAUAAGUAUAUAAACUAUUUCAUAGCCUACAUGUGAUGUUUGAAUAUUUCAUGAACACUUUCAUUUGAAGGCACCUUUUCUUGACGGUAAACAAGUUCACAUUACAUCUCGUGUUUACCAAUGAUAAUAAAGCAACUAUCGUGGUUAUCAUAAAGGGCUGACAAUGGAAUAACCUUUGCGAUGUAAAAAAUAA